AUGAACUUCACACCGAUAUUCCAUUCCGUAAAUGCAACGGUUGACACCAGUGACGAAAAGGUAGUGUCGCACGUCAUUGUCUCGCACUUCAUAUCAGCAAGAGUGCCCAGGAGUUACAGUUUCAUGUUUGUUGCCUUCAAGCGAGCUGCAAUGAUAAUUGAAAUGUUUACCUACACUGCGCUCCGGAGUAACCAGCGCAUGGGGAUUAUUUUCGUCGCUGUUUCCUUCAUAGUUGCGGCCGAGGGGCUAUUUAAAGUGGUCCAAACCCCUGAACGUACCGACUCACUCGUUGGUGAAAAUGUCAUCUUCAGUUGCACAUUCUCCAUUUCUGAAGACACAUCAGAUGUCGACAUUUGCUGGUGGAAACUUGGCGAAGAAGAAUUGAUACAACCAGAUAGCAGGAAACGUAUUGAUACCGGGGAAAGAAAAAUCUCACUCCAGCUCCUGAAUCUCAGUAUCGACGACUCUGGAACCUAUUACUGCGGAGUGACACUCAAAGGAAUCAAUCUCGCAAAGGGAAGUGGAUCACAGCUUAUCGUCGGUGCUUCACCAAUUCCUUUGCGAAUUCUUAGAAAUGGAUCCUUGCCAUCAACUCUCUGUUGCAAAAUGGCUCCAUUUUACCCGGCAGGAUUGACAAUUACUUGGUACAAAAAUAACAAAAGCAUUGAGACUGGAAUAAAUACCACUCAGCGGCUCAACAGCGCCGGAAUGUUUGAAGCUUCCAGCACUCUUCAUGACCCACAGUCUGCCCAAGGUAGAAGUGUUUACACUUGCGUGGCAUCUCACCUUACGCUGAAAAUCCCAGCCAUGGCAAUUUAUUCGGUUCCUAAUUCCAAUCCAGAUCGAGACAGCAUCAGGACUUCGUUAUAUUUUCAUUUAAAGAUUUUUGGAUGCACAGGGUUUGCAUUGGCAUUUCUGGUUCUGAUGGUCAUUAUUGGAAUCUCGUUCAGGUUCAUCAGUUGUAAAGACCUCUGACAAUUAAAAAACGGCAAACGGCAAUGGCAAAUAGGCUUUAUGAGUGUGAUUCUGAGAGGAAACAACAGAGAUGAGGGCUUCAAUUGCU